AUGAACAGCGGCGAUAGCCGUGGAAAAAGGCGUCGCGCAGAAGAAGCCGACGCUACUACUAUUGACAGGUUAAGCGACCUCCCAAUACUCAUGGUUCAUCACAUCCUUUCAUUCUUGGACGACACCAAAUCUGUGGUUCGAACCUCGCUGCUGUCCCGGGGUUGGAGACACGCGUGGAAACAUGUUCCUGUCCUCGAAUUCCAUAGGGGUUCUUUUCCCCGAGCCAGAGAGUUCGAUAGUUUUAUUGAUAGGGUUUUGUCUCUCCGCCGUGACCUUAGUCUCAGCAAGGUUGUAUACGCCGAGACUUACCUUAGCCCAGAACCCCCGCGCAAUGAAAAAGCCGACAUCAUCGACAGGCAAGUGAAGGUCAUCAGCUAUGCGUUAUCUCAUGAUGUUCAGCAGUUAGUUGUUCACAGCUGGGAAGCCAAUCAGGAGACAGCUGCACCCUAUUGCGAUUUCAGUUCAAUAUUCCCGGUGUGCGGCAGCAACAAUGCUACUGGGAAUUAUGACUGUACUAAGAAAAAGAAGGAGGCUGAUCUGAAAACCCUAGACUUGAAAUGGAUCAACCUGGAUCCUGGAUUUGUAGCCUGCUCUGUUUUCCCAAUGCUGACGACCUUGAAUCUGGAAAGGUGCGCGUUCGGAACAGAGGGCCUUAUUCUUUCUGCCAGCAUUCCAUGCCUGAUCAAUUUGGUCAUUACAAAUUGUCGCCUGAAAGGAAAGGCAACGGAGAUCAAGGCAAGGAGGAUCAAGGUGUAUGCACCCCACUUGCUUAGCCUGAAGCUGAACGGGAUGGUGGGUUGGGAGAUUGAAGUAUUUGCACCGAAACUCAAAUCCUUGACUCUCUUUCAAGACGUGACAUCCGCAGGGUUCUUCAACACAACCCUUCCUGCUCUGGAUCAUGCAGAUAUUGCAUUGACUGAGGAUACUGAACAAUAGGUGUGAGUUUCUGGAACAACAACCGUCAACCCACUUUAAGAGGUUGGAGUCCUUGAUUUUGCCGUCCAACGAUCGACUCAUAGACUACUUUUCAAAAGCAUCUUCUUGUGAGAAACUAAAUAUCUUUGGUGGAAAAGGAUAUGUUUUAUGAUUUUAGCUCGUUUAUUUACUAGCCGGAUCGCUCGCUUACCAAUGGGAUAUGGGGAAUUUAACAACGAUACACAUUCAUACUAGCAUAUUGCCCGGACAGUUGGCCGGGUUGUGGUUGUUUCAUUUACAACAUAUAUCUUGCUUUAGGGUGUCCUUUGGCCCGUUUAUGUUUUUACGAAAUGCU